GACAAUGUUACCGUGAAACAGACCAGCUUUACUUGUCAUCAUUUAGAACCUUAUAGUAAUGGCUCUGUGUCUAUAAGCGCAUUUAAAAACAGCAAGUGUGGGGAAGAAAUCUUUUUGGGAGAUCCAGUUAAAUACGUCUUUGAAACGAAUGCAUCAAAACCAGGCAACGUGACUGACAUCAAACUAAAAUGGCUGGCUGAUAAUGCUGUCAGUAUUGAGUGCAGUAUUCAAAAAGUGUAUGGAAGUGAAACAAAUUUUGUAUUGUCUUGGAAUUCCAGCACUGAGAGUGGUGAGAAAAAGAGUAAGAAUAAAUGCAAUUUUACAAUAAAAGAUCUCUCCUACUUGACAAAAUAUAUCUUUAAGAUCGCCGUGAAUAAUGGAAUGUAUACAGGAGACCCAUCAUAUAAGGAAAUAUAUACCAGAUAUAACUCAAGGGCCCUGAUUAUAUUCUUGGUGUUCUUGAUUGUUGUGACAUCAAUUGCUUUACUAUUGGUUCUGUAUAAAAUCUAUGACCUUCGCCAAAAAAAGCUUAGCAAUUCUUCUGAAGUCAUCAGCCUUGUAGGAGUUAAAGAUGAUGAAAGGCAGCUUUUGAACAUAGAGCCAAUACCUUCAGAGAAAUUGUUGGAGACGUACAAGAGGAAGAUUGCUGAUGAAGGAAGACUUUUCUUGGAUGAAUUUCAGAGCAUCCCAAGAAUUUUCACUAAAUUUCCAAUGAAGGAGGCCAAGAGGAGCCAUAAUCAGAACAAAAACCGUUACAUCGAUAUUCUACCAUAUGAUCAUAACCGUGUUGAGCUCUCUGAGAUUCCAGGAGACCCAGGAUCAGACUAUAUCAACGCAAGUUAUAUUGAUGGCUUCAAAGAACCAAGAAAAUAUAUUGCUGCUCAAGGCCCCAAGGAUGAAACCACGGAUGAUUUCUGGAGAAUGAUCUGGGAACAAAAAGCAACAAUUAUUGUCAUGGUUACUCGCUGUGAGGAAGGAAACAGGAACAAGUGUGCCCAGUACUGGCCAUCAAUGGAGAAUGGCUCUGCAACAUAUGGAGACAUUAUUGUGAAGAUCAACGAAAGUAAAAUGUGUCCAGACUAUAUAAUUCAGAAACUACACAUCACAAAUGGAAGAGAAAGAACAUCUGGAAGAGAUGUCACUCACAUUCAGUUCACCAGCUGGCCAGACCAUGGCGUUCCUGAGGAUCCACAUCUCCUUCUCAAACUCCGACGCAGAGUGAAUGCUCUCAGCAACUUUUUUAGUGGCCCAAUAGUGGUUCAUUGCAGUGCUGGAGUUGGGCGCACUGGGACCUAUAUUGGAAUUGAUGCUAUGUUGGAGGGGUUGGAUGCAGAAGGCAGAGUGGAUGUUUAUGGCUACGUUGUGAAGCUGCGCCGGCAGCGGUGCCUCAUGGUUCAAGUAGAGUCACAGUACAUCCUUAUCCAUCAAGCACUAGUGGAAUACAAUCAGUAUGGAGAAACAGAGGUCAGCCUCUCAGAACUACAUUCCUAUCUUAACAAUCUGAAAAGAAAAGAUCCUCCAAGUGAACCUUCUCUGCUGGAGGCAGAAUUUCAGAGACUACCUUCCUACAAGGGAUGGCGGACACAAAACACUGGGAAUAGAGAGGAAAAUAAAAACAAAAAUAGGAGUGCCAACACAAUUCCAUAUGACUUUAACCGAGUGCCAAUCAGGAAUGAAGAGGAACAAAGUAAGGAGGGCGAACAUGAUUCAGAGGACUCCUCAGAUGAGGACAGUGACUGUGAAGAAUCAAGCAAAUACAUUAAUGCUUCCUUCAUAACUGGUUAUUGGGGCCCAAAAGCUAUGAUUGCAACGCAAGGACCACUGCAGGAAACUAUCUCUGACUUCUGGCAAAUGGUAUUCCAAAGAAAAGUCAAAGUCAUUGUUAUGCUGACAGAGCUGAAACAAGGGGAUGAGGAACUCUGUGCACAGUACUGGGGAGAAGGAAGACAAACAUAUGAUGGCAUAGAAGUUCAAAUGACAGAUAUCAACUCUUGUCCUAGCUACACCAUACGCGCAUUUGAUGUCACACAUCUGAAGAGGAAAGAAACACAGAAGGUAUAUCAGUAUCAAUAUCACAAGUGGAAUGGAUUGGAUGUUCCGGAAGACCCCAAAGAUUUAGUUGAUAUGAUUCUAAGCCUUAAACAAAAAAUACCAUCCAGAGCAGCCUCUGAGGACAACAGGAACAACCGCAGCGUCCCACUUGUCAUCCACUGCUGUGAUGGAUCGCAGCAGACUGGUGUGUUUUGUGCUUUGAUGACCCUCUUGGAAAGUGCAGAAACUGAAGAAGUAAUAGAUGUUUUCCAAGUAGUAAAAGCUCUUCGUCGCAGCAGGCUGGGAGUGGUCUCUACCUUUGAACAUUACCAGUUUCUGUAUGACACCAUUGCUCGUACCUAUCCUGCCCAGAAUGGACAAAUAAAGAACAGCCAGCAGGAAGAUAAGGUUGAAUUUUGCAACGAAGUAGAGAAAAAAGAUCAGGAAACUGAUUUGAUCACUAUUGACCUUACUCCAUCAACUCCAGAGGAAAAUGAUGCUCUUGAAUUUUGCGAUGAUUUUAAGGCUGCAGAUACCAAUAAGGGGACAGAAAGUUCUACGAAUGGGCCCACAACUCCAGUUUUAACUUAGAAAUUUCUCUUAAAGUUAAGAAUGUAUUUUCGUACCAAACAAAUCUUAACCACAGUAAGAAACUUAUGAUUUUUUUCCCCCUCCCUUUUGGAGAACAUUUAUAUCAAAUUUUCAAAGGUACAAAUUUAAAGCAAUACUUGAAACUUCCAGAGAGUGACAAAGAACUGUGAAAGUUAAUUUUUUGUGUAGAUUUGCAUCUAAUACUUCAAAAAGCCUCCUCACUAUCUUUAUACUUCUCCAUUUUAAAAUAUGUACAGUGUAAUACUAUAUUCUUAUUUUGAGCAGUGGGAAGUUUUUUUCUUCACUUCUCUAAGAAGGAGAAAAGCAACUCAACACACCACGACAAGCAUGUUGCUAAUGCAGGUCUGUGUUUAAAGCUAUUAGCAAGUAGAGCAACAUAAUCGGUAAGCAUGCCUCCUAUCAUUUCAGGACUGCUGGCUAAGAACUGCUUUAAUAAUACUCUGAGGAAAUUGUGGGACUUUGCCAAACAGUUCAAGAGCAUAACAUUUACAUUGUGUGCCAGUUACCAAGAUUCUGACCCUCUAUCCUCCCAAAUCAACGUGGAACAGAAGUUUUGCAUUUUUCUAUCUUGCCUCAAGAUGUCCCUGUUGCUCCACAGAAAUUCAUUGGCAGUUUCAAUAUUAGACUCAAAGAAAGGUUUGAGAUUUAAAUGACUGCAACAGUUCUGACAGAAAAUGCAUUCUGUUUAUUCUUAGAGAUGGAAAUGCUUGCACAUUUAUUUCUUAUGCUUAUAUUCUGUGAUUUGAAGAGAAUACUUCCACAAAUGCACAUGACUUGUUUUCAGAGCUGGAAAAUACUUACAUGCUUUUCUCCAAACUGUAGAUUUUUAUUAGUACAGGGAUUUUAUUUUAUUUUUGAGAUUUUGUAUGUUUUAGCUAUGAUAAUUUCACUGUUUCUUGCUGCAUUUUAGCAAAUUAGUAAACAAAGAAGUAAUUGUUUUAUUGUGUUGAACUCUCUAAACCGGCCGUUUUCUUUUAAAGGCCCAAAAUCUUGUUCUAUCCAGCACAUGGAUUUAAAAAAACCGACAAAUUUCAUUAGGAAAAGACACCAUUAAAUUCUUAUGAAACUGUAUGAGCCUGGGUAUGUGUCAUGAUUCUCUCAUUACAGAUGAACAAAGCUGAUUUUCUUCUGCUGGAAGUAAUUAAAGAAACUGUCGCUCAACAGAUGUAGUGCCACUCCAUUUAUCACUGCAUGUUCAUAAUUUCUCCUUCAAAACAAAAUUGAAAAUAUCUGGAGAGCCAUGUAAACAACUGUGUGGGGACCAUUAGGUCAGGGACUGAACCAGUGACUGAGCAACUGGUGACAGGACAUGUCCCUGAGAGCACAGGUGCAAGCAAUUCAUCCAGGGUCCACCCCUCCCAAACCUCACUGAUGGGCCGGCAGCCAGAGGGAAAGCAUCUCUACUUGGAGAUGACUCUUUUUGGGAGUUUUCAGUGAGCUCUGAUCCUCGGAAAGGCGUAAACUAUUCCUUCUUUGUUACAGAUUCUGAUCAAUACCUUCCUCUGCUGAUCUGAAAUCUGUUCAAAAGGCAGUUACAUCUGCUGCCUAUCUUCACAACAGUAUAUACACUGUCACACUUCUUUGGUUAAAACAUUAGUUUAAUUUUGCCGCUAAUAUAAAUCAAAUAAUUCAUUCACAAUUAUCAGCUUGAUUAAGUGCAUCCUUGACAGUCUUGCUUAAGUAAGUGGCAGCAAUCACAGAGGCAGUGGAUUCUUCUCAGCAAUGAUCCGAAUUCUCUUUCCAGCUAACUCUGUGCUAAAUCAUUAACAAAGCUCUGGGGGCUUCUGUGAUGGCAGGUCUUGAGGAACACCUUCGGAAAUCAAAUGAGAAAAUAAAGAAGCCUGAGACACUGAUCUACUCACUGCUGAUCAUUGGAUGACAGAGAAUACUUCAUUUCUGUUUCUUCCUCUAAGAUCUGGUUGACAUAGAGCCUCUCUGGCUAUUUCAGGCAGUGUCUGUGCGCCGAGACAACGAUCUCCCUUAUUGGUAGGAAUAACUGCAAAUAUUUCCCAAAUCUUCACCCUGUGUAACUCUGGGGAUACUCAUUCAUAUUGGUUCUUUGAAAAACUGUUUGUCAGCCCUUCCAGCAACACUGGGGUUGUAAGCAUUCUGGAGCAUUUCAUUUUCGUUUGGAAGCUGUUUUCUAGGAGGAUUCUAAUUCUUGGCUACAGGAAAAAUAUCAGAAGUUUUCUUUGAGCUGAUUUUAGCACUUCGGAUCACGUUCUUUGUUUUGGAGAGCAAACCUCAGAAUAUGGAUUUUUUUAAAAAGUGCACAAAGAGUUGAUGAUUGAUUUGUGAAUGCAUUUUGAGUGAAGAAUUCUGAACGGUGUGAAAUUCUGCUGUAUGCACUUUCUUACUAGUCAUCAAGACAGGGAAACAGAGCCUUACGUUACAACUGUCCCCACAUGCUGAGUGGAAAUGUCUUUCAGAGUAUAAUUCCUGGGGGGUAAACUGAGCUCUUGGCUUUUAAUUAGUUUCAAAUUAAAUAAUGCUUCACACAAUUAAAUCUCAUAAAAUCCCAAUGUGACAAUUGAGAGAGCCUGUCUUAAUACAGUUUAGAAGUUCUGAUUGCUUGCAAGAUCUUGCUGUGCAUACACCAGGGUUGUAUGUCCACCAGAUGGUGACACAGUGUUUGUAGAGGAGUGUUUCAUAUGCUGGGACACUGCUUACAAACUCAUAGGGCUAAGCUAUGGGCAUAUUUGCAAGUCUUCCAGGAACCCAGUGAAGUGUAUUACAGGUUAGGCACAAAGCCCAGGCUAACAAGCUCUGCUCGUUAGGGAACUGACCUGACUUUGUUAAAGCAACAACUUCAUUGUAGUUGGCUGGAUAACUGGUACAGCCUCAAACCUGAGAAACAGUCAGGCAAAGUAUGAUGCAAAACUCUGUUGAUUUUCUCAAGUAGAGCUUAGCUGUACAAAAACUGGUAAUUGCUGCCUCCAACUAAAAGUUAGUUGUUGUUCAAAAGUAUUUUAUAAUCUGAAAUCUAGGCUAAAAAUAAGUAAGUGGCAAGUGUGCUGGGAGACAAGUGAAGCUAAUCAAGGGCUAAUGUGACCAAAGGGGCUGGAUUUCUGCUCAGUUUACUCUCUAGAAGCUGAUAGAAAGAUGGAAGAAUGGCAAUGCUGUGUUAGUGAAGCCAUGUGUGGGAAGAUGUCAGAGAGGAAGGGUCCCUGAGCCUUUAUAAACUUCUGCUUGCCGAGGUGAGUACAAUGGAGGAUGAGUCAUUCUCUUUUGUUUAGCUUUUUAUGUGUUUCUUGUGCCCUGUAAUGAACAAGGUAGUUACAGCAUAACCUUUUGCAGAGGCACUAUGUUAUGACCAACAGCUACAGCACAAUUUUUGAGAUGAAUGUUACCCAACACAGAAAUAUCAGUCCACUGAGUGUAGGACGCUGGCUCAGGCCAUGGUGGUUGGGGGCCACCUCUGAGAGGAUCACAAAGACUUGAUUGCUUUCCUAUAGCCUGCUCCCUCCCAUCCCAGCUUUAACUGCUGCGUUUGAGCCCUUCCAGGGUACUUUUGUACCUGCUGUUUUUUGCACCCAUGCUGCUGAAUAAAGCCAUGGUUUUUGAGCUUUGCUGCAAAACAGGGAAACUAGCUUAAAUCUUGUAUGAAAAGAACAGUGUGUCUGGUACAUCCCAGAGUUUCAUCUAGGAGCUAUGAAAGAAAGUGAAAUGCUAACAAUGUGACCAUUUGUUUGUGUGAGAUGACAGAGAGAGUAAGAAUGAAAAGUGGCUCAAGACAGGUGUUUUCAUUAAGCUGGAAAUUACACCCUUUUUAAAACAUUCCUCAGAAAAGCUCUUCAUUAGCAAUGCUUCUCUCUUACACAAGGCAUCUUGCUUUUGUACAGGCUGAGUGUUUUUUGACUCUGUACAUUCCCCAUAAUGCCUCUGAAAGAAUAUCAGAAAUUCCCUGAGGGCUCUGCAUAGCUGUACCACAGCCAUUUUUCCAUACAUACAGCAACAGUUUGCCAAGACCCAGAGUGCUGUGCUGAUUUCUGAUCACUUUCAAGGGGAAGCCAAACCAAAAGGAACUUUUCAGUCACAGUACAGCGCACUUCUGUGUGCAUCAGCUCUACUUCAGAAAAACAUAAUGCUUUUGAGGAAGAAUGGGACCCAGUACAUUAUAAACUUAUUGUAAGGUAUGCAUAAAAAGGCUUAUACAAAAGUUUCAUAAGUUGAUCUUUCAGUGCAAAUGAAAGCAAGACGACAACUUCUAAGCUAAACUUCUAAACUAAAUGAGUUUGCUUUGGACCACUUUUAGCAUUCAGCAUCACCUUUUUUUGUUCUGGAGAGCAUCCCUCCUGGCUGCCUGCCUGUGCCCCAGCCUGCUGCAUUUUCCUAGCUCACCCACCAGGCUGUGCUGGAAUUCCUCAAACACCUUUUGCUCUGUUCAGACAGCUCAGUUUCAAUGACCUGGAGCCACCUGGGGUAAUGAGGAUGACAUUUGUUUAUCCCUACACGUGGAUUAUGUCUGUCCAAGACCUGAUUAGAAGUGUACGUGCUGUAACUGAACCCUCCGAACUUAGCCUGCACUGUUUAGUUGUGGGUGUUAUUAAUUGCCUUAAAGUAGGAUUGCAUUCCCAACACAAAAUUCAAUGAAUUGUUGAUUUGGUAACUCCUCAGGCUGAAAAAGAAAAUAGGAAAGAAAGCAAUAAAAUUGUGUCUCUCUACUAACUUCUCUGUGGAGCAAUACAGCACAGAGACAAUACUGAAUUGUGUGACUGUUGAACUUUAGAAGAGUGGUUCUCUAAAGUGACUUUGCAAAAACUUAACUAGACGUGAGGUGCAAUAGAGUGUGUGCAUGCAGAGAAAGUCAGUGGUCGCAUCAGCAUUUACCAAGAAAUCAGUUCCCCUGCUGUUGCAAUGUAAGUCAUCUUUCAUGAUCUUCAACUGCAAAGAAAUAGGGUUAAAAAAAUGACAAUAGUAAAUUUUCACUCAAAAAUGAAGUUUGUGCCAAAUGCAGACAUUUAGCCAGAAAUGUUAGCUUUGAUUUAAAAAAAAUAAA